CUAGUUAACGAGUCGGGGGGGCGGGGGGAAAGAGUCGCAGUCUUUGGAAAGUCCGUGGCUUUCGGCUGCUGGCGACUUGUAGCGCUGGACUGAUCGGGACGUUUCGGGUGUUUUAUCUUCCCGAGUUUCCAUUAUUAAUGUUUAAAGGCCAAUAAGCGCACUGUAAGUGACGUAGCCUAGUUCGCCAGGUAGUGACUGCUGGCCGAUGUUGUUUUUUCGGACCGGGUGUAGCUCCUGAAAAGCCGUGGGAUGAAAGACCGGUUGGCAGACCUGACAGCCAGAACUACAUAUGUGGAAGAAAAUGUCGCCGUACCAAUUGACAACGAUGCGUUUAUGGAAGAAUUCUUCCAGCAGGUGGAGGUGGUUCGUGGACUCAUCGAGAAGGUCUCAUCUCAAGUGGAGGAGGUGAAGAAGAAACACAGCAUGAUCCUGUCGGCACCAAAUCCUGAUGAAAAAACGAAAGAGGAACUUGAGAAGCUCAUCAGUGAAAUCAAGAAGAACGCCAAAUCCGUAUGGGCCAAGCUGACGUCCAUGCAGCAGAGCCUCCCCGAGGACGAGAAUGCAAACCGGGCCUCGUGCCGCAUUCAGAGAAGUCAGCACACGGUGUUGUCCCGGAGAUUUGUGGAGGUCAUGACGGAGUACAACGACGCUCAGUUGUCUUUCCGACAGCGGAGCAAGUCACGGAUCCAGAGGCAACUAGAGAUAACUGGCAGAGUAACAUCAAACGAAGAUCUGGAAGACAUGCUGGAGAGUGGAAACCCCUCUAUUUUCACCUCUGAUAUUAUCUCAGAUUCCAAGAUCACCCGCCAGGCCUUGAAUGAGAUCGAGGCUCGUCACAAGGACAUCAUCCGACUGGAGAACAGCAUUAAGGAGCUACACGAGAUGUUUGUGGAUAUGGCCAUGCUGGUGAAAACCCAGGGUGAGAUGAUAAACAACAUUGAGAAGAAUGUGACCAACACAGCUGAAUAUGUGGUCCAAGCGACAGAAAGCACCAAAAAGGCAGUUCGGUACCAGUCCACGGUCCGGCGGAAAAAGCUAAUAAUCAUCCUUACUCUGCUGGUCCUGCUUGCUGUGGUUAUAUUAAUCAUCGGUUUAUAUUUGGGCCUGAAAACGAAAUUCUAAUAAGUCCGACCCUGACUGGAGAAAAACAUUUAUCUUGCUAUUCUUGCUGUAGUGAUUAUCAUCGUUAUAAUCAUCAUCCUCGCAGCGACUCUUGGAAAAUAAAGGGGAACCGGAAUGUGAAAAAAAGGGGAUGUUUAAUGCUCUACCCCUCCUCCAGAAGUGCAGACACCACCACCCACGGUCCUUGGCGGGUUUGCUUUCAUGUGGCCAGCGUCUUCAUUCAGAUUUGAGGUAGUGAAAGUGUCCUGGCCACACAGGAAUCUUGAGCUGGGAAACCUCUUUCACCAUUUAAAUGCAGCCUGAUUCUUGUGGACGUGUAAAGUUUACCAAAUCAGUUUUCUCCUGAGCACAGCAACUGCCAACCAAUCAGAAGGGGCCUUCCGUGUCAUAUCAGAGUGCCUUAUCUAUUCCAUUAAUGUUUUUUUAUGGUAUGUUUUGUACCUCCCUCACCCCCUCAAAGUGACCCACAGACAGUAAUUUUAAUGUUAAUCAAGUAGUCACUGUGCAAAAGAAACGGAGACCAAAUGUCAUUAAUGCCCUCGCCUCUGACCUUUUACGAACCCAUCGCAUCCAUCAUAAAUUUUAUUAUAUUGUGCUGUCAGUUUUUUUUCCAUGUUGUAGUUUGUUAUGCUCCCUGUAAUUGUAUAAUUUGUAUUUAUUGUGUGUUUUAACAACUGUGAUGAUGAUCAGAAUAUGCCUGCUGACUGACUGAGUAAUGUGGAGUUGAGAAAAAUGUGCAAUUAGGUUUGUUUUUUUUUUUUUUAGUUGUUCCAGUGAACUCCAAGUUGCUCUGUUUCUAAGUUCUAUAUUACUAACAUGAAUAUACAACUCGUGUUACCUCACUGCCAUCACUUCUGAAUGUAUCAGCUGCAAAUGUAGGUAGGGAGCGCAUUUGUUUUGUAUUGUUUACACCCAGAAAGAGAAUCUCUGCACUGUGCUUUGGAAUUCCAAGUGAUGCUAGAACAUUUUAUAUCAAUUGUCUUUGCUCCUCGGGAGCAAAAUAGCACAGAUAUUCAUAUGUUCUGUACUGAACAUUUUUUAAAUAGAUGCUGAGCCUAUAACCUUUGUACACAUUGUACAUCUUUUGGGAUUAAGAUGUAGUAUGACCCCCCCCCCCCCCCCCCCCCAAAACCCUGUAUCGGUAUAAGUCAAAAUAUACCCAUCCUUCCAUUUGUAUUGUACUCACUUGUCCUAUACUGGGGCAUGGGGGUCUAGAGCCUAUCCUAGAAGCUACAGGCACAUCGCUAGCCCAUCAGAGGAUCACACACAUAUGAUUUGGCAACUCCAAUUCACUUUAGCAUGCUAUUCCAUAAUUGAUACUCUUAAGGAGUCAUUGUGUCAUUAUGAGUCUACAAAACAAGUAUUAUACAGCAGGAACAAGGGAUUGCUUAUCUUAACUGUUUUUAUUCUCUUUGUAUUAUAUUUUUGCUUUUCCUGUUGGAGACACUGAGAAAAAUCUUUUAUUUGCAUCUGUAAGCUUCAGCAUUGCUUCUGUAACAAUGUGCCUUAAGGGAAAGGAGCCGCAUUUUCGUUCCGCGGUUUGAGCGGAACAACUCCGCAAAAUAUGAUGUCAUGCUUCAAAGCUACUGUGAAUCCAGUUGUUUGUUAUACUGUUUUGCUGAAUUUAUAUAAAAAAUACGGAGCUUUAAAUGGAAA